AUGCCUGGCUGUACAUUACUAAGCACCGCUAUCCGUCGUCAGUUUUCGACACUAAUGAACGAAAAGCGUUCACUGAUUGCUGUUUGUCAGUUAACGGCGACAAAUGACUUGGAAGCUAAUUUCGAAGUUGCGAAAUGCAUGAUGAAGCGUGCUAAAGAGCGCAAGGCGAAGAUGGUUUUCUUCCCGGAGUGUUUCGAUUAUGUCGGAGAAAGUCGUAACGAGAUUGAAGCACUGGCUUUAAGUGAGAACGACGAUUAUAUCAGUCGGUAUCGAACUUGUGCCAAAGAAUAUGGACUUUGGCUCAGUUUGGGUGGAUUUCACCAAAAGGAUCCUGCUGGAUUACGGAAACCUUUUAAUACUCAUAUUAUCGUGGAUGACAGUGGAAAAACUCGUGGUAUCUACAGGAAACUUCAUCUCUUCGAUUUAGAUAUCCCUGGGAAAGUGCGCCUAGUAGAAAGCGAAUUUUCAAGUCGUGGGGAUGAAAUUUCGAAGCCAGUUUGUACACCUGUGGGAAAUGUCGCCAUGUCCAUUUGUUACGAUUUGCGGUUUGCUGAAUUGGCAUUAUGGUAUCGUAUGAAUGGAGCCCAUGUUUUGACAUACCCAUCGGCUUUCACUGUUGAUACUGGUUGUGCACACUGGGAAAUCUUGCUAAGGACAAGAGCUGUCGAAACGCAGUGUUAUGUUGUUGCUGCAGCUCAGACUGGCAAGCAUAAUGAUAAAAGGUCAUCAUAUGGUCAUGCAAUGGUUGUUGAUCCUUGGGGUGCAGUUGUUGCUCAGUGUUCAGAAACUAUAGACGUAUGCUUUGCUGAAAUAUCAUUAAAUUAUCUCGAUGAAGUACGAAAACUGCAACCUGUUUUCGAACACCGUCGUUCUGAUUUGUAUUCGUUGAUAGUGGUACAGGGAAACGAAAUCGGAAAUAAAGCGUAUAUGUUCGGUAGUCACAGUGUUCCGCCCGAGCACGUUUUUUAUCGGAGUACCUACACAUUCUGCUUUGUGAAUCGGAGUCCUGUACUCCCCGGACAUGUGCUAGUCUGUCCAGUCAGGAAUGUGAAACGGCUCACUGAAUUAAGUCAUACUGAAACUUCCGAUUUAUUCAUAACUGCAAAAAGAAUACAAACAAUGCUAGAAGACUACUAUAAAGCAACAUCUUCGACUGUUUGCGUUCAGGAUGGUCCUGAAGCAGGACAGACUGUUUCGCAUGUACACGUACACAUACUUCCUCGCAAAAAAAAUGAUUUUGGCAGCGAUCCAGAUAAUAUUUAUCGUGAAUUAGCAGAUCAUGAUAAAAUCGGGAAAAAGAGAUUUCGGAAUAAGGAAGAAAUGCAGAAUGAAGCCAAUGUAUACCGAUGUUUAUUGGUUAAUGGAGAAGCCGAGUGA